UCUCCCACCUCCCUCCUCCCGCAGCCCGAGGGCCAGCAGGAAGGGCUAGUGGAGAGCUGGGCGGCCGCUGACUCGGUGGGGCUGAGCACAAGCUUUUUCCCACUUUCCAGGGGCCAGUCGGAGAGGCCCCGCCAAGGGUGACAGCCUCCUCACCCUCUCCUCUGCUUGCGCGGCGCCGGCGAGGACCAUGUUUUCCAAACUGCGGAGGUGGGGUGCCCGCGGCGCCUACCAGCGAGUCCCGGAGGGGCCCGGGGCGCAGAAAUGCAGUCCAGAGAAAAGUGCUUCAUUCUUCAGUAAGAUGACGUAUUCCUGGUUUAGCAGAAUAAUUAUUUUAGGCUAUAAGAAACCUUUGGAAAGAGAGGAUCUUUUUGAAUUAAAUGAAAGUGAUUCCUCCUAUUCUGUGUGUUCCAUCUUUGAAAAACAAUGGAGGAAGGAAGUUUUAAGACAUCAAGAGAGGCAAAAUGUACAGCCAUUCUUUCAGAAAGAGUCACGUACUAGGAAACCAUCUCUGUUCUACGCCUUGUGGAACACCUUUAAGUUUGUCCUGAUUCAAGUUGCUUUACUCAAAGUGUUUGCUGAUGUCUUGGCCUUCACUAGCCCAUUCAUAAUGAAGCAAAUGAUCAUUUUCUGUGAGCACCAUCAAGAUUUUGAUUGGAGUGGCUUUGGUUAUGCCUUGGCACUAUUUGUUGUAGUUUUAUUGCAAACUCUGAUCCUUCAGCAAUAUCAACGUUUUAACAUGCUCACUUCAGCAAAAAUUAAAACAGCUGUGGCUGGAUUGGUCUAUAAAAAGGCUCUUCUUUUAUCUAAUGUUUCUCGAAAAAAGUUUUCCACUGGGGAAAUUAUUAACUUGAUGUCUGCGGAUGCCCAGCAGCUCAUGGACUUGACAGCAAACCUCAACCUCCUCUGGUCAGCCCCUUUUCAGAUCCUGAUGUCCAUAGCACUCCUUUGGCAAGAACUGGGUCUGGCAGUGUUAGCCGGGGUGGCAGUCCUUGUGUUGGUUAUACCAAUCAAUGCUUUAGUUGCCACAAAAAUGAAAACACUGAAGAAAAGGCAAACAAAGAACAAAGAUAAAGAAAUAAAACUACUCAAUGAAAUUUUGCAUGGAAUUAAGAUCCUCAAACUUUAUGCAUGGGAACCCUCCUAUAAAAAGAAGGUUCUUGAAAUUCGAGAUCAGGAAUUGGAAGUUCAAAAGUCAGCGAGCUAUCUUGCUGUAUUUUCUAUGCUGACAUUAACUUGCAUUCCAUUCUUGGUUUCACUGGCAACAUUUGGCAUCUAUUUCUUACUCGAUGAAGGAAACAAUUUAACAGCCACGAAAGUGUUCACAUCCAUGUCUUUAUUUAAUAUUUUGAGGCUUCCUCUGUUUGAUUUACCAAUGGUAAUCUCAGCUGUGGUUCAGACAAGAAUAUCAUUGGGUCGUUUGGAAGAAUUUUUGAACUCUGAGGAGCUUCUUCCUCAAAAUAUUGAAACAAACUACAUAGGAGACCAUGCAGUUGGUUUUACAAAUGCUUCUUUCUCCUGGGAUAACACAGGAAAUCCAGUAUUAAAAGACUUGAACAUAAAGAUUCCAGAAGGAGCCUUAGUGGCCAUUGUAGGGCAAGUUGGGUCUGGAAAAUCAUCUGUGCUUUCAGCCAUUCUGGGGGAAAUGGAGAAACUUUCAGGAGUAGUCCACAGAAAGGGUUCUGUGGCUUAUGUUUCCCAGCAGGCCUGGAUUCAGAAUUGUAUUUUGCAAGAAAACAUUCUCUUUGGCUCCGUCAUGCAGAAACAGUUUUAUGAGCGUGUAUUAGAAGCCUGUGCUCUCCUUUGUGAUUUGGAGCAGUUACCAAAUGGAGAUCAAACUGAAAUUGGAGAAAGAGGUGUGAAUAUAAGUGGGGGUCAGAAGCAUAGAGUGAGCCUGGCCAGAGCUGUCUAUAGUGGGGCUGACAUCUACCUCCUGGAUGAUCCCUUGUCUGCGGUUGAUGUUCAUGUUGGAAAACAACUUUUUGAAAAAGUAAUUGGCUCUUCAGGUCUUUUGAAAAACAAGACUCGUAUUUUAGUUACCCACAACCUCACACUUCUGCCACAGAUGGAUCUUAUUGUUGUGAUGGAAAAUGGCAGAGUAGCACAAAUGGGCACAUACCAGGAAUUGCUGUCUAAAACCGGAAACCUCACAAAUUUGCUUCAGGCCUUCAGUGAACAAGAAAAAGCUCAUGCUUUAAAGCCAGUCAGUGUGAUCAACUCCAGAAAUAUACUGAAAGGUCAAAUCCUGGAGCAGAAAGAUAGACCCCCACUGGAUCAAGGAAAACAGUUCUCAAUGAAAAAAGAAAAAAUCCCAAUUGGUGGGGUGAAGUUCUCCAUCAUUCUGAAGUAUCUCCAAGCCUUUGGCUGGCUCUGGGUGUGGUUGAGUGUGGUCUCUUGCCUCGGGCAGAAUUUGGUGGGCAUUGCACAGAAUCUAUGGCUAAGUUCCUGGGCAAAAGAAGCAAAACAAAUGAAUGAGUUCACAGAAUGGAAGCAAAUAAGAAGCAAUAAACUUAAUAUCUAUGGACUAUUGGGAUUAAUACAAGGUCUCUUUGUCUGCGCUGGAGCCUAUGUCCUCACCAAAGGGUCCCUAGCUGCCUCUCGAAUUCUGCAUGCUCAGCUGCUAGACAAUGUCCUUCACCUCCCACUCCAGUUUUUUGAAAACAGCCCCAUAGGUCAGACCAUCAAUCGAUUCACCAAGGACAUGUUUAUAAUUGAUAUACGUUUCCAUUACUACUUGCGCACCUGGGUGAAUUGUACAUUGGAUGUUAUAGGAACAAUUUUGGUGAUUGUGGGAGCUUUACCACUCUUCAUUCUGGGGGUUAUUCCAUUGGUAUUUCUCUACUUCACUAUACAAAGAUACUACAUGGCGAGCUCUCGGCAGAUUCGACGUUUAGCAGGGGCAUCUCGUUCUCCUAUCAUUUCCCACUUUAGUGAGACCUUAUCUGGAGUGUCCACUAUUAGGGCAUUUGGACACGAACAGAGGUUCAUCCAGCAAAACAAAGAGGUGGUGAAUGAGAACUUGGUCUGUUUCUACAAUAACAUAAUUUCAAAUAGGUGGCUGUCUGUAAGACUUGAAUUUCUUGGCAACUUAAUGGUGUUCUUUGUUGCACUGCUUGCUGUGCUGGCUGGCAAUUCUAUAGAUUCAGCAAUAGUUGGUUUGUCCAUAUCCUAUGCCCUAAAUAUUACUCAAUCUCUGAAUUUUUGGGUAAGGAAAGCAUGUGAAAUUGAAACAAAUGCAGUUUCUAUUGAAAGAGUUUGUGAAUAUGAAAAUAUGAAUAAAGAGGCACCCUGGAUAAUGUCUAAAAGGCCUCCAUCACAAUGGCCCAAUAAAGGAAUAGUGGAAUUUGUUAAUUAUCAGACUCGAUACCGAGAUGAUCUUGGGUUAGCAUUACAAGAUAUCACUUUCCAGACUCAUGGGGAAGAGAAGAUUGGAAUUGUGGGAAGGACUGGGGCAGGCAAAUCAACAUUAUCAAACUGCCUAUUUAGAAUUGUGGAGCGGUCAGGAGGCAAAAUUAUUAUUGAUGGAAUUGACAUAUCAACUAUAGGACUUCAUGACCUUCGUGGCAAACUUAACAUUAUACCCCAGGAUCCUAUUUUAUUUUCUGGAACCCUUCAAAUGAACUUGGAUCCCCUAGAGAAGUAUUCUGAUAGCGAGCUGUGGAAGGUGCUGGAACUUUGUCACUUAAAAGAGUUUGUACGCUCCCUUCCCAAAAAACUGUUACAUGAGGUUUCUGAGGGUGGUGAAAAUCUCAGCAUUGGACAGCGGCAGCUUGUCUGUCUUGCUCGUGCUUUGCUUCGAAAAACAAAAAUUCUCAUCUUGGAUGAGGCAACAGCUUCCAUUGAUUUUGAAACUGAUAACUUGGUACAGUCAACGAUCAGGAAGGAGUUUUCCAACUGUACUGUCCUGACAAUUGCUCAUCGACUGCAUUCUGUCAUUGAUUCAGAUAGGGUGCUUGUUUUAGACUCUGGAAGGAUUAUAGAAUUUGAAACACCACAGAAUUUGAUACACCAGAAAGGACUUUUCUUUGAAAUGAUAAAAGAAGCUGGAAUAAAACAAGACUCAGAGACAAAAAAUAAAUAACUUAAAUUGUAUUUUGGUUACAUCAAGUUAAAAGAAAAGACUGGUAUUUAAAAAAAAAACGACGGGGAGAAAUGUACAAAGAGGCUACAAUCUGGCACAUAUGUUGAUUGGCACCAUAGUUCUAAUUCUACUGGGCUGUAUCUUCUCUCUAACAUUCACGGUCUCUGUAAUAGCUACCUUCUCGUAGGUGCUAAAUGCCUCUGAUACUUGACGUUUCUGACUUUGUUCAGGGUCACCUCUCUAAAGGUUUCAUUUUUUCCUUCUUCUCUUCAGAUCCAAAUGUGCUUUUUUGUGUGUGUGUGUGUGUGUGUGUGUGUGUACUCACUAACCCCAUGUGCAAACCUUUGUCAUGGGAGGGAUCAUAAUCUAUUUUAAUUCAUUUAGUCUUUCUCCCCACUAAAGCUUCUUGAAUGCAAGUGUCCAAUUUUAGUUGUUAUGUAUCAUAGUGCCUUUCAUGUAGUUGGUACCUUACAGAUAUUUGUAGAAUGAAUAACUGGGUAUUUUAGUGCAAUAGACACAAGUAUAUAAAUGUAUAUACAUACGUAUUUACCCACAUAUAUAUAAGCAAUGUGUUGAGUCACUGUACAGUAUAUAAAAUUAUGGAGGAACAAGAGAAAGAAAUUUUAAGCUAUUUAGCUGCUUUUUGGAAAGAAUGGUUAUAUGUUAACUGAAUUUUAUGUGCUAUAUAUAUUUACAAAUAAUUUUUAAAAAUAUUUUUACUACUUUGAGAAAAGCAUUUUUUUGAACAUUAUUUUUGGCUGGAUUAUCUCAGUGAGUUAUGUAUCAGAUGAUAUACAUUCAUGAGAAGAUUACUGAUUUGUAGUUCUAAGACUAUUCUAAAGGCUUUUUGACUUAAAAGUUUAUGGAAUAUUAUAAAAGCAACAUUAUUUCUCUGUCUUGCCCUUCAAAUUUGAAGUGUUGAAACUUCAGUAUUUUUCCUUCAAGCUGAUUUUAAUAAAAUAU